CCUCCCACUGAGCAAAGGCUUUGGAUGCAGGCACAGAGGCAAGAGGAGCCAUCCUCCCCUGAGCACAGGGAUUACCUAAUGGGAGAGAAAGCAGCACUCAGCGGAGUCCUUGCGCUACUUCCAGUGAUCCUUUCUCUCUUCCAGUAACAGCAACACAUGCAGAGGAGAAACCUGGCAGCUCUCUCAUCAGAGAAGAAACCUGGCUCUCUCUCAGGGUGCCUGAGACCUCCAAGAUGAUGAGCACAACUGCAGAAGGAGAUAAGUGAGGCUGUUGUCCUAUAAUCUUGUGGGGACAAAGACAAGGUUACUCACUGCUCAAAAGGAAGCUUUGGGUGAGGUCUCUCACCUGCCACUCUUGUGCCCUGCCACACUGGGCUAACAACACUGAGGGCCAGCCAAGCUGCACAUGCCAAAAGAAGACAGAGAUGGCCACGGAGCAAACUGAACGCAACCUAAAUGCUACCGCCCACCUCAAUUUUGCUUCAAUCUACAACAUCCAUAAUGGGGAUUUCACCUCUUUGAGAAACUUCUCUUUCCCUUUCAAUUUCACCUACAGUGAUUAUGACCUGCCACUGGACAGUGAAGAUGACAUGACCAAAACCCACACCUUCUUCACAGCCAAGAUAGUUAUCGCGGUUGCUCUGGUUGGCAUCAUGCUGGUUUCUGGCAUUGGCAACUUCAUCUUCAUUGCUGCUCUCGCCCGCUACAAGAAGCUGCGAAACCUCACCAACCUGCUGAUUGCCAACCUGGCCAUCUCAGACUUCAUCGUGGCUAUUGUGUGCUGCCCCUUUGAGAUGGACUACUAUGUGGUGCAGCAGCUGUCCUGGGAGCACGGCCAUGUCCUCUGCGCCUCAGUCAACUACCUACGAACUGUCUCCCUCUACGUUUCGACCAAUGCUCUCCUGGCUAUAGCUGUUGACAGGUAUUUGGCCAUUGUUCACCCACUGAAACCACGCAUGAAUUAUCAAACAGCAACUGUCCUCAUUGCCUUGGUCUGGGUCAUCUCCAUACUUCUAGCUAUUCCAUCUGCAUACUAUGCUACUGAAACUGUGUUGUUUAUAGUUAAAAACCAGAAGAAAUUUUUCUGUGGCCAAAUUUGGCCAGCUGACCAGCAGAUGUACUAUAAAUCAUACUUUCUCUUCAUCUUUGGCAUUGAAUUUGUAGCACCUGUGAUUACAAUGACCUUGUGUUACGCCAGGAUCUCUCAGGAGCUUUGGUUUAAAACUGUCCCAGGAUUUCAGACAAAACAAAUCAGAAAGAGGCUUCAGUGCAGAAGGAAAACUGUUAUGGUACUAAUGUGCAUUCUGACUGCCUAUGUUCUCUGCUGGGCACCUUUCUAUGGUUUCACAAUUGUCCGAGACUUCUUCCCCACCCUUUUGGUGAAAGAGAAGCAUUAUCUUACUGCCUUUUACAUAGUCAGGUGCAUCGCCAUGAGUAACAGCAUGAUAAACACCAUGUGUUUCGUAACUGUGAAAAACAACACUAUGAAGUACUUCAAGAAGAUCAUGCUACUCAGAUGGAGAUCAACGUAUAAGGGAAGCAAAUCUAGCAUAGAUUUGGACCUGAGAACAAGUGCAAUCACAGAGGAAGUAGACUGCAUAAAAUUACAAUAA